CUUGACUCUCAUACACAUUUCUCAUCAUACACCAUCUUGACUUCGGCUGGUAACCAGCUCCUCCUGAACAUGCCUUUCCCUUUUGUUCUUCCGACAACUUCGGCCUUCUCAUUCUCAUCCAGUUUUAGCAGCGACACUCACCCCUCAUUGCCCCUCAGUUCCAGCACAUAUCGCGGGGUUGUGAGAGAUGCUCUCAAAAAACACAAGAGACUACCCCCAGCAUCGCAAUCAUCUCACGUUUCGACAGUCAUUGGAGCUCUCAACGGCUACAUCCCCUAUAUUCUCGCCAUUGAUGCUGGACUAAAUCCAACAUCCCAGUCAGGCGACUGGAUCAACCUCAACACAAAGGCACCGCCCUCCAUCGAAUGGCGACCAACGCUUUCGGAGAAUGCAGUGCCCGGCAGAGAGCGAGCGAGGGUGAAAGUGCAGUCCAUAGACCACGAAAUUGCCUUCACUCUCUCAUCUCUGGCAAACUCAUACACUUUAGUUGCUCGGGCAGCCCUUCACCCGCUGUACGUCACAACACAGGCCACGUUGGAUAAUCAGCAGCGGACAGCUUCCAUUCAAACAGCGACCAAAUACCUCCUGGAUGCCGCAUCAAUAUGCGACUAUAUAGCUUCCCGGGCUGAGAGAACUCAGAUCCCGCCACCCUGUAGCGAUGUAUCACCCUCGACUCUUCGAGCUAUGUCGUCCCUGGCUCUCGCCGAGGCGACACUGUUGGCGGUUCUCAAGGACGAUCCCUACCCAGCCAUUGUCGCACAAGACCGCAACAAGAACGACCGCGAGUGGAUGUUCAAAGCCCCCGAGAUUCCAAAAGUUCGUGCCCAUUUGUUCGCGCGACUCUGUCUUGCUGCUGCGGAGCACGCCGCCCAGGCCUCCUCUCUUUGCCAAGCUGCGGGGCGGGGUUCCAGCAGGAUCAACGAGGGACUGCUUCGCUAUCUCGAGGAUCUGCGAAGAACAUGUCGCGCAAAGGCUUGUCGUUUCUUUGGCAUAGACUCAGAGAUUAGUGGCCAAGUUGGCACGGCCAUCGCGUGGCUACAAGCCGGACUCCAAGAAUUAGGCGUUGAGUCUAAACAUUCAGCCAAAGGUAGUGGCUUCAGCCGGUUCAAAAAGGAGUGGAGCGAGAAACGCGAGGAUCGCAAGGUCGAAAAGGAGACAACGUGGGGCGCGGAUGGCGGAAAGGGCGAGGAGACGAGAGUGAUCGAGCUGCUUGAAGGCAAGUGGCACAAGCUCAAUGACACGAUGAAUGUCCAGAUCGUGCCUCCGAUUGGGCCCUUGCUGGCUCAGAUGCCAUCUGGCCGUGAGAUACACACCCUCAAGCCGUAUCAGCCGCCAGUGUUGGAUCGCAGCAUCUUGGAAGCCAUGCGCGCGCCGCCUGAGAGGAAUGACGACUACGGAGAUGCCCUGAGCUCCGAUGACGAAGGCAAAGGCGUAUCUGGGCCACCUGGAGGAUAUCCUGAAUCGAGACCGGAUUACAGGAGCGCAAGCACGUCCUAUUACUAGACGUCGUAGCAAGCAUCUGUUCUCUUGUUUGAGAAAGUGUUAGAAGAGAGCACUGCCGGUGGGAG